CCCCUGCAAGAGAGGCUGCUGCUGCUGCUGCUGCUGCGGCAUCAACCGGAUGCUGCCGACGCUCGAUAACGUCAAACCGGACCGUUUCCCACGCAGAACCCCGCGGCGAGGAGGAUGGACGACGGCUCCGAGCUGUCGCUGAGCGUCGCGCACAUCGUGCGGCGGCUGAAAGGAAGCCACCUGCACGCGCAGAUAGAGAGGCGAGCCAAAGAGUGUUUGCAUCAACCCGAGAUCCGGCUGGAUUCCCUCAGAGAGGACGUGCGCAGGUUUCUCAGGACGUCAGGCUGGGAAAGGCAGCUUCAGAAUGCGGUGUACCGGGAACUGCAGGUCCAGCGGCCCCCGAGCCACCCGGCGGCUCCUCUGGAGCAUCUCAAAGAGCCGCUGGCCUACAUGCGCAAGGCACAGGCCUGCUGGGAGAAGCGUGUCCUCAAAAGCCUGAACAGCAUGAGUGCGGAGCUCGGCGUGCCUCUGGCUCGCAUGAGGCCCGCAGCGGAGCAGAAGGAGCUCACCAGCAAAUGGAACGAGAUGGGCACGGACGAACCAGAUCUCACUAGCUUCAGGCCUGUGUUUGCCCCCAAAGACUUCCUGGAGGUGCUAAUCAGCCUGCGCAAUCCGAAUUACGACAGCAGCGAGGACGUCGGCGUCAGGAGCCACUGGGGACUCAUCCAGGUUCCCCUCGAUGUCAGGGACAUCCCGCAGCUGAGACGGGCCUACGCAGAGCUGAACCUGACCACCGGGCAGCUGGGCAUCGACGACCACGCACACAUCCAUCCAGACUUGUUUGAAAAUGAGUAUCUUCAAAUCGGGAAAAAAGUGGUCGUGGAGCAGGACAGCGCAGCGGCGCAGCAGUACAGCAGACAGGGCUGCUCCACCGGGCUCCGUGCAGACCUGUGGGCCCUCAUCCUUAACUCUAACAACCAGCCCCAGGACGCGAUGCAUUACGAACAGCUGACGGCCGGAGUGGUGCAGCACGACCUGCUGGUGGACAGCCUCAUCUAUAAGGACGUGAAGCUCACCGCCAGUAACGACGACUACUACUUUGUGUUUGAGGAUUUCCUCUAUCAGGUGUUGCUGUGUUUCUCCCGAGACACCGCCGUCCUGGAACACUUCAAAUACAACAGCGCCACUCCUCCCCGAUCCUUCGUCCAGGGGAAGGGAGAGGAUGAGGAGUGUGCUGUUGUUUAUCCUCCCAACGGAGUCAUCCCCUUUCAUGGCUUUUCAAUGUAUGUGGCGCCUUUGUGUUUCUUGUACAACGAGCCAUCAAAGCUGUACAGCGUAUUCAGGGAAAUGUACAUCCGCUACUUCUUCAGGCUGCACUCCAUCUCCUCCUCUUCCUCGGGGGUCGUGUCCUUGUGCCUGCAGUUUGAGCGGCUGCUCCAGACACACCUGCCUCAGCUCUUCUACCACCUGCGACAGAUCGGGGCGCAGCCGUUGCGUAUAGCCUUUAAGUGGAUGGUCCGGGCCUUUUCCGGCUACCUCUCCACUGACCAGCUGCUUCUCCUGUGGGACCGGAUCCUUGGAUACGACUCCCUGGAGAUUGUCGCAGUCCUUGCGGCCGCUGUGUUUGCCUUCCGCGCUGAGAACCUGAUGGAAGUGACGUCCUUGGGCUCAGCCGAGGCCGUCCUCGCCGACCUCUCGACCCUGAAGGUCAUGCCGCUCAUCCAGAUCUUUCUCUUCGCCACUGCCAUCUGAGGAGCGGCGGAAACUCACAGCGUUGGCGGUGGUCCAGCGCGGGAUACCCGGGCCUCCUGCAUUUCUGCCAAACCUCAGCACGCUCAUAGAGAAUAACCCAUGUUAUUAGAUAGUGUAUACCGCAUGUAGGUGCAGCCUACUAAGCAGUACGGUUGAGCUAACCCCCUUAAGCCAUAUGCUCCGCCGGGAAGGCGAUGCGCCCCGCAUGAAGCAACUAUGUGUUUGUGCCAUAGCAGCGUGCAGAGAUGGGACAACAGGAAACGAGCCGGGCUAAUGGAGUGUUGAUUGGCGCUUGCGAUUCGGUCCUGCUCCGGGGAUCCUGCUUGUUCUACCGCUGUUAAUGAUGCCGUUGCCGACGGAUGAGGAGAUCGUAAAGCGUUGGCGUGCGCUGACGCGUUGAGUGCAUCAGUCAAAUUGUACAAACUUGAUUAAUAUGUAACUGUAUGUAUGUUAGAAGCUGCUGCGUGUGCAAAUCAUUUAUUGUAUUUAUGAAGAAAUUGCAUAUUACUGCUUGAAGGGCAUUUAGCACCUGCAGUGCCAGUAUUUCAUUAAUUUUGUAUUUAUACUUCUGCAUUGAAUUUAUGAACGUAUUCCUCUGUUACGGCUAUGCAGUACGUACAGCGUAUUCCACCUUUGAAUUGAAUGCAAUCGAAUCCUUUCUUCUCCUAAUUCUUAAGUAUUAUUCAUCAGCCAAUGUCUUCCAUCCAACCCAUUCGAUGUCCUCAAAUAACACAUUUCUCAAAAUGAGAUGAAAUUGUUCCAUCCUCUUGGAUGAUUGAAUAAAAUCUUUGAGAGCUUGGACCAUGACA